UUGCAUAUAUGUGAUUACUUAUUUUAUAAACUUAUAGUACUAUUUAGUAAUUUGCAUACUUUUAAAAUCCUAAAUCGAGGUGUAAAAGGUCUACUCUAAAAAAGAACUCGAUCGCCUAUAAAUAUAUUUUAGUGGUGAGUUUUGUUCUAUGUACCUGCAAGUUUCUCCAAAACAUUUUGUCUUCUAUUAAAAAUAAAGAGAACACGAUAUAUGGAGCGUCACAGAAAACACUCGGUCGGCGGCACAACCCUCCACAGGUGUCAUCCCUGCCGGCGCGCCAUUCCAUACAGAAUCUACGCCGUAAUCCACACGUGUGGCAUCAUAGCUCUCAUGUAUCACCAUGUACACUCACUUCUCACAGCAAACAACACUCUAAUAACAUGUCUUCUCCUCCUCUCCGAUAUUGUUCUCGCCUUCAUGUGGGCAACCACAACUUCCCUCCGGUUAAACCCGGUUCAUCGGACCGAGUACCCUGAGAAAUAUGCAGCUAAACCGGAGGACUUUCCAAAGCUGGACGUGUUUAUAUGCACGGCUGAUCCGUACAAGGAGCCUCCGAUGAUGGUGGUCAACACCGCCUUAUCAGUCAUGGCUUACGAGUAUCCGUCCGAUAAGAUUUCAGUCUAUGUAUCGGACGAUGGAGGAUCUUCGUUGACUUUGUUUGCUCUUGUGGAGGCUGCUAAGUUCUCUAAGCAUUGGUUGCCCUUUUGCAAGAAGAACAAUAUUGAAGAUCGGUCCCCUGAAGUUUAUUUCUCAUCAAAGUCACAUUCUCAGAGUGAUGAAGCUGAAAAUCUUAAGAUGAUGUACAAAGACAUGAAGAGUAGAGUAGAACAUGUGGUGGAGAGUGGAAAAGUUGAAACUUCGUUUAUCACAUGCGAUCAAUUUCGUGGGGUAUUCGAUUUGUGGACAGACAAAUUCACUCGUCAUGACCAUCCCACAAUUAUUCAGGUGCUACAAAAUAGCGAGACAGAUAUGGACACUACCAAAAAGUAUAUAAUGCCAAACCUAAUAUAUGUUUCAAGAGAGAAGAGUAAAGUUUCACCACAUCAUUUCAAAGCCGGUGCUCUUAAUACUUUGCUACGAGUGUCUGGAGUCAUGACGAAUGCACCGAUUAUUUUAACACUAGACUGUGAUAUGUAUUCGAACGAUCCUGCAACACCAGUUCGUGCCUUGUGCUAUUUAACGGAUCCUGAAAUCAAUACUGGUUUAGGUUAUGUACAGUUUCCUCAAAAAUUUCAAGGAAUAAGCAAGAAUGAUAUCUAUGCAUGCGCAUAUAAGCGUCUCUUUGAGAUCAGUAUGAUUGGGUUUGAUGGUCUAAUGGGCCCAAAUCAUGUAGGAACUGGUUGUUUCUUCAAUCGACGAGUUUUUUAUGGGGCUCCGUCUAAUUUGAUUUUGCCUGAGAUAGAUGAACUUAAGCCCAAUCGUACUGUAGAUAAGCCCAUCAACGCUCAAGAUGUUUUAGCAUUGGCACACAAAGUAGCAGGCUGUAUCUACGAGCACAACACCAAUUGGGGAUCAAAGAUUGGAUAUAGAUACGGAUCUUUAGUAGAAGACUACUACACAGGGUAUAGGCUCCAUUGUGAAGGAUGGAGAACAGUUUUUUGCAGUCCCAAAAGAGCAGCAUUUUGCGGAGAUGCCCCAAAAAGCCUAAUUGAUGUAGUCAGCCAACAAAAAAGAUGGGCCAUUGGACUUCUUGAAGUUGCCUUCUCAAGGUAUAGCCCCAUUACCUAUGGUGUCAAAUCAAUGGGUCUAUUAAUGGGAUUAGGCUAUUGUCAAUACGCAUGUUGGCCAUUUUGGUCACUUCCUCAUGUCGUCUAUGGAUUCUUGCCCCAACUUGCUCUCCUCUAUGGAGUUAGCGUCUUUCCCAAGUCAUCGGAUCCAUGGUUUUGGCUUUACAUCGUUUUGUUCCUCGGUGCAUAUGCGCAAGAUCUACUCGACUUUGUAUUAGAAGGAGGAACUUAUCGCGGAUGGUGGAACGAUCAAAGAAUGUGGUCGAUAAGAGGAUUCUCUUCACACCUAUUUGGCUUCAUAGAGUUCACUCUUCAAACCCUAAACCUCUCCACACAUGGAUUCAACGUCACAAGCAAAGCCAACGAUGAUGAAGAACAGAGCAAGAGGUAUGAGAAAGAGAUGUUUGAGUUCGGUCCCUCUUCGACAAUGUUCUUACCUAUGACCACGGCGGCGAUCGUGAACCUCCUUGCUUUUGUCUGGGGGCUUUAUGGUCUUUUCGCUUGGGGAAAAGGACUCGUCCUUGAGCUGAUGCUGGCGAGCUUCGUGGUGGUGAAUUGCUUGCCAAUCUAUGAGGCUAUGGUGUUGAGGAAAGAUAAUGGAAAAUUACCAAAAAGAAUUUGUUUCGUAGCUGUGAUCCUCACAUUUGUGCUGAUUGUGUCAGGUUACUUCUUCCUCAAGUAACUGCACCCAGUAUGGUUCUGUCGUUUGGAUUAAAAUAAUAUUACGUCUGCAUUGUGGUAAUUAGAGAGAAUAAUGUGAUGAAAUCCCAUUUCUCACCUCAUUGUUGAACAUACAUUUCGGUAUAUCAGUAUAUGUGUCUACGUACUUUGAGAUAUUUUGAUGUGAAUACAUAUAAUAGACGAUAAGACAACAUUUAUUUUGCUUA